AUUCUUGAAAAUUAUGGUAAAAUUGGAUAUUCCAGGUCACACUAAGGUCAAAGUUGCCAUUUGAACUGUUGAGGGCUUGAAGCGGUAGAAAACAACUGAUGCAAGAGCAGAAACGAGGAAGGUGAAGUCUGUGUGUUCAGUUUCACACUUUUUCCCUUUCCUUUUCUCAGUUACUCUUAAUUUUCACAAAUAUCUAUAAUAUUCUGCACCUUUUCUUCAACAAAAUUUCCCAGCAAACAUAUUAAACAAAUCCCAAAUCCAAAACUCUAAUCCUCCAUAUCUCCAUUUCUUCAAAUUCUCUUCUCAUUCAUCAGUUUAGGUAUAAUCAUUCAUUGGAAGUUCUGUUAGGCUGAGCUUCGUGACCGUGAUCAAGUUUUGAUUGCUCAAAUAUUUUGAAAGUUGAAGGAUAUCUGUUCUCUACGUUUUUUUUAUUGUCUUUUGUGAGGAUUGAAUUAGCAAUAUGGGUUCGCGAUUCCAAUCUCAUCAGCUGAGUAAUGGCCUUUAUGUCUCAGGCCGGCCUGAGCAGCCAAAAGAGAAGACUCCCACAAUGAGCUCUGUUGCCAUGCCAUACACUGGUGGCGACAUCAAAAAGUCUGGAGAACUCGGUAAAAUGUUUGAUAUCCCAAUGGAUGGCUCCAGGUCAAGAAAAUCAGGUCCCAUUAAUAAUACUCCUUCAAGAACAGGGUCUUUUGGUGGCUCUGCUUCUCGCUCGGGCCAACUAAAUUCUUUGAAUCGGGCGGGGUCUGGUUCUUCUGGUGGUGUUUCUGGAUUUGCAUCUUUAAAGAAGACGAAUUCUGGUCCACUUAAUAAGCAUGGAGAGCCACUGAAAAAGUCAUCUGGGCCUCAAGGUGGAGGAGCAACAGCCAUGUACCGCCAAAAUUUUGGCCCUUUUCUGAUAGAUUUUAAUCCAGUUUUCACAUAAUUGAUCCAUGUUGAAAUCAAAGAGAACAUAAUGAAAGCGGAAGCGUACCUUGAUCCAUAGAUUAAUAGUGAUUUUGAACAGGUUACAA